AUGGCAUUUUCCCAUCAAAUCACUACUCAGGGCAAAGAAAUCCAUCCAAAGAUCCUGUGGUUUUGUGGCUUAACGGUGGACCUGGAUGCUCUAGCUUCGACGGCUUCGUUUAUGAACACGGUUUCAAACAUUAUUUAUUUGGAUUCUCCUUGUGGGGUUGGCAUGUCUUAUUCGAAAAACCAAAGCAAAUACGUAACCGAUGACCUACAAACAGCUGCUGAUACGCAUAAUUUUCUCCUUGAGUGGUUUCAACUAUAUCCAGAAUUUGUUAGCAAUCCAUUUUAUAUCGCGGGAGAGUCUUAUGCUGGAAUUUACGUCCCUACUCUUGCUGCCGAAGUGGUGAAAGGAAUAAGGGCUGGUCAAAACCCUAUUAUCAACUUCAAGGAAGUUCAACGUAGUUGCAAAGGAAAUUAUCAAAACCGUAGCAAGAAUUGCAAUAACAGUAUUGAUAAGAUAGACCAAGCGAUCUCGGGGCUAAACGUUUACGACAUCCUUGAGCCAUGCUACCAUGAUCCAGCAUCCGAUAAACAUGCCAAAGGAAACACAAGUUCAAAUUUGCCGACUAGCUUCCAGCAAUUAGGGGUAACGGACAGGCCUCUCAAGGUGAGAAAGAGAAUGUUUGGCCGUGCUUGGCCAUUUUGGGCAUAUGAAAAGGACGGUAACUUCCCAAUGUGGUCGGAAAUUGCACUGGACAGAAGAGUUCCGUGUAUUAAAUCCAUUGCUGGUCCUUGGGAGCUAUGCUCUGGUAGGAUAGAUUAUGGAUUCGGUGCAGGAACUAUGCUUCCAUAUCAUCAAAAUCUAACUACCCAAGGAUAUCGAGCCCUUAUUUAUAGUGGAGACCAUGAUAUGUGCGUGCCAUUCACCGGUACGCAGGCAUGGACAAGGUCACUUGGACACAAGAUAAUAGAUGAAUGGAGGGCGUGGAUAUCUGACGACCAAGUUGCCGGGUAA